GUCUGUGAUUGUUUUCUGGACGAGUUGGGGUGAGUGUCUGAUGUCGUACCCUGCUCUAUGUGAGAGUCUUCCACAAGCAGAGGGAGCUACUGCUUUCUCCUCACGCCUCCUUUCGCCACCGGGGAGCCGUCUUUGCGCACAUAUCCUUGUUUUUGCAUUUCAAUCACUGAAGGAAAAAUAACAAGUAACCUAGCUCGGUGCUGCACCAGACACCUGACAGACAAGCUUCAGGUAGCCUACAAUCUGAUCGCACAACAGACUGUCAAGUGUUUUUUUUUUACCCAGAGAAGGAAUUGCGACUAGCUGUGUUAUAACCGAAGGCUUCGUGUGUUGCCGCAGCUGUGCGACUGUCUGUGCGGUUGGUAAAGCGACUGUAUGUGAUGGACCGGAGCCUGUUUCAUCGCCACGGCAUUACAGAUCAGGUAUUCGGUUUGUAAGAAGAGCGAUGGAAUGGUGGUGCAAACCAAUGCGUUCAGUGUCCACGGCCUGAAGAGAAACAAUACAAUGGAGAUUCAUCCAAUAUGCACCAAGCUAUGUGCACACAAACCCCAGGAGCUGAAGGAUGACAUCUCAGAGAAACAGUGCCCUAUCACCAUAAACCCACGCCACAUGAAAAAAGCCUUUCGUGUCAUGAAUGAACUUCGCAGUCAGAACCUGCUGUGUGACGUGGUGAUCGUGGCUGAGGAUGUGGAGAUCUCUGCCCACAGGGUGGUGCUGGCUGCUGGGAGCCCAUACUUCCAUGCCAUGUUCACAGGAGAGAUGAGUGAGAGUAAGCAGAGGCGUGUGCGCAUUAAGGAGAUGGAUGGCUGGACCUUGGGCAUGCUCAUAGACUACGUGUACACCGCAGAGAUUCAGGUCACAGAGGAGAAUGUACAGGUGUUGUUGCCUGCUGCUGGCCUGCUGCAGUUGUCUGAUGUGAAAAAGGCGUGCUGUGAGUUCCUGAGCUCACAGCUCCACCCAACCAACUGCCUGGGCAUCAGGGCCUUCGCUGACCUACACGCCUGCACCGACCUGCUUACACAGGCCAACACGUACGCCGAACAGCAUUUCUCUGAGGUAGUUCAGUGUGAGGAGUUUCUUAACCUGGGGAUGGACCAGGUGUGCAGUCUGAUCGCCAGCGACAAACUCACCAUUCCCUCUGAGGAGAAGGUGUUUGAGGCUGUCAUAGCUUGGGUAACUCACGAUAAGGAUGUCAGGCAGGAGCACAUGGCUCAUCUGAUGGAGCACGUUCGGCUACCACUGCUCUCUAAAGAGUACCUGGUGCAGAGAGUGGAGGAGGAGAGCCUUGUCAAGAACAGCAGUGCAUGUAAAGACUACCUGAUUGAGGCCAUGAAGUACCACCUGUUGCCAGCAGACCAGAGAUCCAUGAUGAAGACCAUUAGAACUCGCAUGAGGACACCUGUCAGCUACCCUAAGGUGAUGGUAGUGGUGGGGGGCCAGGCUCCUAAAGCCAUUCGUAGUGUGGAGUGUUAUGACUUUGAAGAGGAUCGUUGGUACCAGGUGGCUGAGCUCCCAUCCAGAAGAUGUAGAGCAGGGGUGGUGUAUAUGGGGGGCAUGGUGUAUGCUGUGGGGGGCUUUAAUGGCUCUCUGCGGGUGCGCACCGUGGACUCGUAUGACCCAGUGAAGGAUGAGUGGUGCUGUGUCAGCAGCAUGCAGGACCGCCGCUCAACACUGGGGGCAGCAGUGCUCAACGGCUUACUCUAUGCUGUUGGGGGCUUUGAUGGAAGCACAGGUCUGGCCACUGUUGAGGCCUAUAAUGCUAAAGCCAACGAGUGGUUCCACAUCCAGCCCAUGAACACACGCAGGAGCAGUGUUGGCGUGGGAGUCGUUGGAGGAAUCCUGUAUGCUAUUGGAGGUUAUGAUGGAGCAACGCGCCAAUGCCUAAGCACUGUAGAGGCCUACAACCCAAACACUAAUGAGUGGACCUACAUAGCAGAGAUGGGCACUCGCCGCAGUGGCGCAGGUGUGGCCGUGUUGAAGGGUUUACUGUAUGCAGUUGGUGGACAUGACGGGCCACUGGUGCGUAAGAGCUGUGAGGUGUAUGACCCUGCCAACAACACCUGGAAACAGGUGGCAGACAUGAACAUGUGCCGCAGGAAUGCAGGUGUGUGUGCUGUGAAUAAUGUGCUGUAUGUGGUGGGAGGGGAUGAUGGCUCGUGUAACCUGGCCUCUGUGGAGUUCUACAACCCCAGCACUGACAAAUGGACCCUGCUGCCCACCUGCAUGAGCACUGGACGCAGCUACGCUGGUGUGUCGGUGAUCGAUAAGCCCUUGUGAGGUAGCUGAAGUGUGCUGCUGGUACUAUUCUCACUCAGUUUGGCUGAGGCUCACUUGGAGGCUGUAACUUCCUCCGAGGAGCUGCUUCAACAGAAGGCUGUGCAGAGAUGACUUCUCUCUCUCUCUCUCUCUCUCUCUCUCUCGGUCUCUCUUUCUCUCUCUCUCUCUCUCUCUCCUCCAUCCAUCCUGUCUCUCUCCUUAUGUCUUAUGUCAUUAAUCCUGUUUCUGUUCCUCUCACCUUUUCCUUUAUUUAUUUCCGAAUCCUAUCUGUUAUGCUAUGUCUUUCUUUUCUCUCUUGACCUUGCUGUUCUCUCUAUCCUAUCUCUGUUCUGUUCUCUCUAUUCUUUCUCUCUGUUCUGGGAGUGUUGAUGAGGAUUAUUGCACUUAGCAGGAGGAGCACUACAGAAGGAGUUCUGACAGGACAGGACUCUGUUGGUUGUUGAACAUUUUCCUAAUUGCAGAUGAACUGUCACCUGAACACACUGAGCCUCAAGACCGUAGAGACCCUAGUCUGUGGUCUUAGGUCAUCUUUUUUGUGCAAGAUCGAUGGACGUGAAGGUCAUUUUACUCAACGCUGAUAUAGGAUGCGUGUGUAAUAUAAUGUGUAAUCGAGCCGGAUAACAUUUGCACCAGUCAGAUUCUGUAUUUAACUGACACAAGCGUUAAAUAGGCAGAACGCCUCUGGACACUGAUGUAUACAUGAUGUAACAUUUCUGUGUUGCUGUUAUGUUUGCCUCUGAUUCAAAAGAACCACUAGUGAAGGGGAAUGAAACGAGCCAGCACAUUUCAAGAGUUCGUUUGCCAAACGUGACUUCAUAGCAGGCCAUAAUGCAGAAUAUUACAGCAUAUGCUCUGUUCGCUGUUUAUGAGUUUGCCCCCUCCACCGUGCGCCUGUAUAGACGCUCCAUUGGUGUUUUAAAAAUGCGAAUGUGUUUUGCGCAUGCGGUAAACUGUGGCAUACCUCCAGUGAUUCUGGAUAGGAGAUGCAUCUGCAUGGUCCUACACUGUGUGUUUGUGUAAUUUCAUUCCUACUUGUUUUAAUGCUGCUGUAAAAUCAGUGAAAUUAUGAAUGUGAUGUGAAGUAUAUGCCACCUCUGCUAAAAAUGACCAAACUUCUAUUAAUGUAUUUCUUUCUUUAUUGCUCUAUUUCUUUCUUGUCUAAUUAUCUAUUUAUCUAUCAUUGAUUUGUAUUUUUUAUGAUAAUUGGUAUGAUAUUAUAACUUGCAAUUGUAUGUCAGUGUAUAAAGGAAUGUUUGUGUUUGCUUUUUGAAUUGUUUCAUAACUUGAUUUUCUUUUUAAAAUAAUAUUAAUAAAUACGCUUCUGGU